CUCGUUCUCUCCCUCCCUGUCUUCUUCGUCACAACUUGGUGGAGGUUAAGAAUUUCUGUUAACAACCAACUACUUAUUGCUCACUCGGGAAUCUAGGUGGGCGCUGCACAAAGACCAAAAGAAGUCAUAUUCCAUUAUGACCCAAACAGUAGAAUAUGGAACAGCAUCUUGGGAGCUCUGUGUCACAGUGGAUAAUCAGAACGAGGCUGAGAACGAAGGAGUAAAAAUACGGGUAUCAGGAGAUCUUCACAUUGGUGGAGUCAUACUCAGACUUGUAGAAAAAAUUGGCAUAUCCAGGGACUGGUCAGAUUAUGCACUUUGGUGGAGGAAAAGGAAUUUUUGGCUCCUUAAAACUCACUGGACCUUGGACAAGUAUGGAGUACAAGCUGAUGCAGAACUGUUUUUUACACCACAACACAAACUACUGCGCCUUCGACUACCAAAUAUGAAAACAGUGAGAUUAAAAGUUAGUUUUUCCUCAGUUGUGUUCAGAGCUGUUACAGAGAUCUGCAAAAUAUUAAAUAUCAGACGGCCUGAAGAACUUUCCUUACUAAAACCUUUGGAAGAUUUAGCAAAAAAGAAAAAGAAAAAAGACAAUAAGGACACACUGCUUGAAGAGAUUAUAAAUCUGAGCCCGAGCAGUAAUUCUGGACUAGCAAGCCCAGGCUUAUACAGCAAAACUAUGACUCCCAUGUAUGACCCUGUAAAUGGUACUCCUGCCUCUGCUACAAUUACAUGGUUCACUGACAGUCCUCUGGCGGAGCAGAACUGCAACAUUCUAGCGCUCAGUCAGCCAAAUUCUUCUGCAGAAAUAAUUGCACAGAUGUAUCAAUCACGUUCAUUAAUUGAAAAACCAAAACUUAAUUCAGGAUGGUUGGAUUCCUCCAGAUCUCUUAUGGAACAAGACAUACUAGAAGAUGACCAACUUUUAUUAAGAUUUAAGUAUUACUCCUUUUUUGAUCUGAACCCAAAGUAUGAUGCUGUUCGCAUUAACCAGUUGUUUGAGCAAGCUCGAUGGGCCCUCCUUUUAGAAGAAAUAGAUUGUACUGAGGAAGAAAUGUUAAUGUUCGCAGCAUUACAGUAUCACAUAAGCAAGCUGUCAAUGUCUAAUGAGUCAUACGAAACGACAACUGAUGGUGAAACCGAUGAAAUUGACGCAGCACUUUCUAACCUACAAGUUGCACUGGAAGGAGGAAAAACAGACAAAAUUUUGGAGGAUAUCACAGAUAUUCCCAAACUUGCAGAUAAUCUUAAACUAUUUAGGCCCAAAAAGCUAACCUUAAAAGCUUGCAAACAGUAUUGGUUUGUUUUUAAAGAUACAUCAAUAUCAUAUUUCAAAAAUAAAGAAGCUGGAAACGGCGAGCCUAUUGAGAAAAUGAAUCUCAGAGGAUGUGAAAUUGUACCAGAUGUUAAUGUAUCGCAGAGAAGGUUUGGAAUUAAAUUAUUAAUACCCUUUGCAGAAGGAAUGAAUGAAAUCUGCCUCAGAUGUGAUAAUGAAAACCAGUAUGCAAAAUGGAUGGCAGCUUGUAUUCUGGCAUCUAAAGGAAAGACCAUGGCAGAUAGUUCUUACCGCCCUGAAGUCCAAAACAUUCUUUCAUUUUUGAGGCUGAAGAACAGAAAUACUAAUUCUUCUCAAGCACCAUCUGACAUUGAUUGUUUGGACAUUAAACCUGAAUGUUUUGUUUCUCCAAGAUAUGCAAAGAAAUACAAAUCAAAACAGCUGGCCGCUCGCAUUCUGGAAGCACAACAAAAUAUUGCCCAAAUGCCUCCUGUUGAAGCCAAACUACGGUUUAUCCAAGCAUGGCAGUCUCUUCCAGAGUUUGGUUUAGCCUACUAUCUUGUAAGAUUUCAGGGAAGCAAGAAGGAUGAUCUUCUUGGAGUCUCAUACAACAGACUGAUAAGAAUAGAUAUUGCUACAGGGGACCCAAUUACAACAUGGAGAUUCUCCAAUAUGAAGCAAUGGAAUGUAAACUGGGAAAUAAGACAGGUUGCUAUUGAAUUUGACCAGAAUAUAUCCAUUGCGUUUAAGUGUUUGAGCGCAAACUGCAAAGUUGUCCAUGAGUAUAUAGGGGGUUACAUUUUCCUAUCUACCCGAUCAAAAGACCAGAAUGAAUCUCUGGAUGAAGAUCUUUUUCAUAAACUAACAGGAGGUCAAGAAUGAGCGAAUAUUGCAACAUCAUCUUUCAGUUGUUUGCUGUACUGUAUAAACCAGCUAGCCUGGCAUUAUGGAUCUGAAUAUAAGCUAAAGUACACAAAAUGAAAAUAUUUGCCAGCAUCUAUAAAUCAUCACAUAUAACUCAAAAACAAAGCAACAUUUCUUUAUGAAUAUUUCCCUUUAUCAUGGAUAUUGUCCAGCUGUGCUCAGCUGUAACUUAGCAUUAUGAAAGCACUAAUAAUACAGUGAACUUGAAUCUUGUUUUUUUUAAUGUAAAAAAGAAUUGCCAAAAAACAGCGCAUUUUCAUCAUAACCCAACUUCAGAAGUAACCAGUUACUGCCAUUGACAAUGUGUGAAAUCCAGAGUCUUUUCCCUAGUCUUGUGCUGUAAAAUGUUUGACUUUUAACUAUGAUUAUAAUUUAUUUGUGAAGCACUAUUUAAUUCUGUAGCCCUAGGAACAUGAGUAGGCUUACACAAUGAUACUGAUUCAUGGUAAAAAAAUAAUACAGAUACAUAUAACAGACUAAUCAAAACACUACUCUGUAAAGUUUACAAUCUACAACUUCACUAUUUAAUCCACGGACAGGUAUAAAACAUGCACUUGUCCCAGAUCUUGUGGGAUUGUCAUAGGCUGUGGGAAAUUUUACUAUUUACCCUCCUGUAGCUUCUCCGCUCAAGCCAAAAUAUCCCAAUCUCUAGGCCAUUUUUAAUAACUCCAGUCCUAAAGGUACAGGUGAUGGGUGAGUGCAAGUUAGUAACCAUGGUUAAUGAUCAGUUAAUUAUUUCCCCUGUGCUCGAGUUCAGUUGUUACCAAAAUAUGGCCUGUUAGUGUGCCCUGAUGACUGGAGUUGGAAAACACUGUUCCCUUCACACCACAGUGAAUCUGCCCAUGACUACCACACUCAUGGCCAAUCUUUCCUGUAGCUCCAAACAACGGUGGGACACUGACCAUAAGUCCUCCUCAUCUGCCUGUCCUAGAAAACCACAAAGAAAUGUUGGGAAGCAAAAAAGAUUAGCCAAACCAAAGUUUGUACCAUUAGAAUUGCAUUUAACAUUGUCUAUAAAAUAUCUGGGGAAAGCAAGUGGGGGUACUUGCUUAGAUUUGCUAAUUUUCUAUACAAUAAUUCUAUGUGGCCAAUUUAUUAAUGUGCGGGAGGACAUGAUCCACUGUAGCGGAUCAUGUCUGCCCCACAUCGAUAAAUGCCGACAGCAUACGCUGUUGGCAUUUAUCAUUGCAUAAGCAUUUUGUGUGAAAUGCUUGUGCAAUGCCGCCGUAGCACGGGGUGUCAAUCAUCUCGAUCGUAUCUGAUCGGGAAGAUUGCUGUCCUCCACCUCAGCGGUGGCGGACGAAUUAAGGAGCAGCGAUCUUAAGACCGCUGCUUCUUAAAUUACGUUUCUGGCGAGCCUGAAGGCUCGCGCGGAAACAGCUGCAUACGCUGCUUCUUAAAUCAGCUCUAAUAUCUAUUACUUUUAUGUAAUGUAGGAUUUUAAUCUCAUCAUUUCAUCUCCACUAUAACUCAAAUGAGUAAAGUAUUUUCUUUGGAAAGAAGUUUCACCAAGUAGCAAGUUAAACCUCCCUUCUGCUGAAAGAUUCGAACACCAUGUCUGCUCAGAAAGCUGGCAGUGGUGUGUACUGAUUCAGUAAAGACUUAAAGGGACAUCAAACCCAAUUUUGUAUUUUUUUUACGAUUCAGAUAGAGCAUGUCAUUUUAAAAAACAAACUUUUCAAUUUACUUCUAUUAUCUAAUUUGUUUGUUCUCUUGGUAUUCUUUUUUUGAAAAUGAUAUCUAGGUAGGGUCAGGAGCUGCUCAUUGAUGGCUGCACAUAUAUGCCUCAUGUUAGUGGCUCACCCAGUGUGGUCAGCUAGCUCCCAGUAGUGCAUUGCUACUUCUUCAAUAAAAGAUACCAAGAGAAUGAAGCAAAUUAGAUAUUAGAAUCAAAUUGUAAAAUUGUUAAACAUUGUAUUCUCUAUUUGUUAAAAAAAAAAUGUUUGGUUUUAUGUACCUUUAAUUAGUGUCAUACAAGCCACUUCUAACUCUCUGAGAAGGUGUAGUGUUUUAAUUCUGGUGCAGGGAGCACUCACAGCAUAUGUAUAUAUGCAGCUGAAGAACAAUAACCUUUAGUAGAAGCAUUUAUGCUACUAGAAGUUUAUUGCAAAAAAUGCUUCUAUUUAAAAUUGAACUGCACCCAUGCACAUUUUACUGUUAACCUUUAAAUCUCUUUAAUACCCCUUUAAAUCUUAAAUUGCAUAAUAACGUUUUCUGUAUAUAUUUCAUACGGCUGUACUCAGGUGAUGAAAACCUGAUUAGGAAUGUUUAUUCUGCUUUGCUCUGAACAUUGGUAAACUAAUUAAGUAUACAGAUAAUUAGUUAUGUUCAAUGUCAUUUAAAUUCCAUAUAUUUUGCUCAAAUAUUUUGAUUUCUAAUCUUCAUUUAAAGGGACAGUAAUGUCAAAAUUUAUACUUUAUGUUUUAUAUAGAGCACACAGUUUAAAAAAAAAUCAGUUUACUUCUAUUAUUAAAUUUGCUUUGUUCUCUUGCUAUUCUUUGUUCAAGCAUAAAGCUAGGCAGGCGCAUAGGAGCUCAGGAGUGUGCAUGUGUAUUUAGCACUCUGUGGCAGCAUUGAUUGCAACAAUAUUUAUAACAUUGUUAUACUAUAUUGUUAAUAGUGCUGUCAUACAGUAUACUCCCCUAAGUUCCUAAGAGCAUACCUAGGUUUACUAUCAAAAUAACAAGGCUAAUUUUAUAACAGUAUUUUAAAAUGGCAUGCUCUCUGUAAACCAUGAAAGUUUAAACUUUACUUUUCUGCCCCUUUAAAUGUCUCAAAAUAUUCCAGUAUGAAUAUUACAUUUUUAGCCAAGGUGUUAUACAAGUAGUUUUGAUAUAUUUGUGUAUAGUAACUGUUGUACAUUAUGUGUGAUGGAGAUGCCUCACAUUUUAAAUAGACUAUUUAUAAUUAGACGUGCAAAGGUUUGACAAAGGCUGCUGUGCCAGCCGAAACGCGUUGCUAAGAUACCGUAUUUUGCAGAACUUUUCUGUCCAUUUGGAGAUUCCGUAGUAUUUGGCAGAACCGUAGACCCGGGAAAGAUCACUUUUACAAAAAAAUGCAAGAGAGGCGGAGAAGAAAAUCACUGACCUGCUCCAGCAUCGGUUUGCCUUGGUUCAAAUUACAAAGAGGAGGAUCACUAAACAACUUACCUAUUCCUAACCACGGUGGAACUUUACCACUGCAAUAUAAAGUAAAAACUACUGGAAAUUUAAAGGGACAGUCUAGGCCAAAAUAAGCUUUCAUGAUUCAGAUAGAGCAUGUAAUUUUAAACAAUUUUCCAAUUUACUUUUAUCACCAAUUUUGCUUUGUUCUCUUGGUAUUCUUAGUUGAAAGCUUAACCUAGGAGGUUCAUAUGCUAAUUUCUUAGACCUUGAAGGCCACCUCUUUUCAGAAUGCAUUUUAACAGUUUUUCACCACUAGAGGGUGUUAGUUCAUGUAUUUCAUAUAGAUAACACUGUGCUUUUGCACGUGAAGUUAUCUGAGAGCAGGCAGUGAUUGGCUAGACUGCAAGUCUGUCAAAAUAACUGAAAUAAAGGGGCAGUUUGCAGAGGCUUAGAUACAAGAUAAUCACAGAGGUAAAAGUAUAUUAAUAUAACUGUGUUGGUUAUGCAAAACUGGGGAAUGGGUAAUAAAGGGAUUAUCUAUCUUUUAAAACAAUAAAAAAUUCUGGUGUAGACUGUCCCUUUAAGCAGUCUCAGGACUGGAUAAAGGACAUAAACAACUCACUCCGCCCACAUUAAGGAUCAUUUGCUGACUCGGAUUCUGAUCAGUGUUAGACUUCUGCUAUCUAUUUUAGCGUUUCUAGCUUUAACCCACAAUAUUUUAAGGUUGGCCAACCUAAUCCUAUAUGAAAUGUUUUUAAUGUGCAAUUGCUGAUGAUAUUUUUUUAUUACCCCAUUUUUUAUAUUUGUGUAUAAGAUUAUGUAUCAAUUUCAAAUGAUAUGUUAAAGAUAUCUAUAUAGGGUCUAAUCGAAGAUAUUUUAACGAUACCUAUAGAGAGUCUAGCUUUUAGCAAAUAAAUAGAAUAUAUAUUUUUACUUGACAUAUUUUGAAGUGUUUUUUCUAAUACUAAUAUACGACUAUUUCCUUACACACAUUCUAACACUGAAACCAGUCCCAAAUAUUAACUCUCCAAUAUUAGGUUUAAGCUUUCCUGGCGCUUUCUAUCUCAUUUUCUUUAACAGUGUGUCACAUAUAGCAAUGUGACAAACAGAACUCACAUAGUGUGUCUCAUACAGAAAUGUUAGGAAUACAACUCACAUAAUGUGUCACAUGUUCCACAAUAAAUAUUAGACAUGUGAAGCAGCAGAUAAUUUGUUUCGGAUUAAUGAUUCAUAAGAAAUAUUCUAAAAAGGUAGUUUUCGGGAAUAUUCAUUUGAUGCACAAUUCAGUAUUUGUUUCAUUUAAAUGAAACAAAUAUUGUAUAUUCGGUAACAUUUACAUUUAGUUAAAAUAAAUGUUAUUCUGCUGCAGGUGACAGUGUUCACUGCAUCUGGCACUAUCUGAGCAGAGGGGGUUUAUAUAUAAUGUCAGAUGACCGAAUUUGCAGAACUGUUAUAUAUUUGUUAUAAACAAAUAUGAAUGUUGCGUUAAAUAAGUUUUGUCCCUUACAACAUUUAUUUUUUUGUUACAAUUCCAAUUAUUUAUUCAUUAUUAAACAAAUUUGACAAAAAUGGUAAAAUGUGUCAUUUUCCAAAUUUGUUUUAUAACAAAUAUUCUCUAUUUAUAAUGUACCUUAAUGGCUGGUUUUCCUAAGAAUGCACAAUAUAAAACACUGAGCAGCACUAGCAACAUACACCCAUCACUUAUUGCUGGGGAAUUUAACACUUAUCAAUUCUUAUUACAAACAGGUGUAAGGUAUUGUGUAUUUAUGUUGUCAUUUCAUAAGUCAAUGCUUUAGUGUUAAAAAAAGUGCAAUUUGUUUUAAUAGCUAUCAAUUGCACAUUGUAAUAUUUAUUGUAGAUAAAAUAAUUGUAUAAAAGUGACAGAUUUCUCCAGAGGCAGCAGCCUAGGGGUGCAUUCUGUAUAUUUGACAGGUGCAGCCAAUUAGAAACUGUGCAUAAGGCUUUCUUAAACAGAUAUAUGCUAGAAGGCUGACAACAAGGGCUCAAUUUAACAAAGCCCUACGGCUACAAGUUCUCACAAGAACUUGCUCGCCGUAAUUUAUCAAGCAGUGGUCACCAGACUGCCGCUUCCUUAACCUCUUCGCCACCUCUAAGGUGGCAAAAUUCAAUCUCUGCAGUCGAGUCCGAAUGAGGAGAUGGACAGCUCCUGCCCGCACGUGAUUGGCUGUGCGCGGGCAGGGGGCUGGAUUGCACGCGAGCGCAAAAUUGCGCUUGUGUGCAAUGUUGAUCACCUGCGGGUAAUUUCGCCCUGCCACAGGCAAGCUGAGGCGUACAGGGGCGCGCAUACGUGCCCCUGUACGCCUCAGCUUUGAUUAAUCUAGCCCUAAGUGCACAUCUUAGUGGUGAUGUCACCAGAAACAAAAUUAAUUGAAACACCUUAUAAUAAUUUGCACAUUGAAGGAAAAGGGUUUACAUAUCUUAACAAGAACUAUAUAGUCUGUAUUAAGACCCACAACAUACAGUUGCAUAACCUUAUAUGGCUAUUUUUCUAUGAUGAUAUAGUGUAGCACCAAAUUACAAGGGGUGUUGGAAAAGUGAUGCUUUUGAGUCAUGCCUAGCUGUGGUUUGUAAUCUAACACUAACUAUGGCUCACAAAAGAUCAUUAUAAAAGGGAAUGCUUCUACAAGUAAUUAAAGAGACAUGAAACCCAAAAGUUUUCUUUCACAUACAGUUUUAAACAAUUUUCCAUUUUACUUCAGUCAUCUAAUUUGCUUCCUUCUCUGGGUAUCAUUUGCUGAAAAUCAUACCUAAGUAUGCUCGGGAGCAGUAUUACACUACUGGGAGCUAGCUGCUGAUUGGUGGCUGGACAUAUAUGCCUCUUAUCAUUGGUUUACCCAAUGUUUUCAGCUGCACCAGUGAUGCAUUGCUGCUCCUCCAACAAAGGAUAACAGGAGAAUGAAGCAAAUGUGAUAAUAGAUAAAACCUAAAAUAAAAAGGUGCCAUUUUGUAUCCCUUUAACUUCUUUAUUGGUGUAAGUCACAGAAUUCACAGACUUAGAUUUGUUGGUGUGUUUUAUUGAAACUGAUUUGUUUUUAAAUAUAAUUAAUGUCAAUAUUACAAAUGUAAUCAAUAUAAAGGUGACUCGUGCUUUACAUAAAUAAACCUAGAUUAUUACAAGUGGAACACUAUUGAUUGUGCAGGGUGUACUAUCAAUAUCGCUGGACUAAGAUUAAUCUAGUAUUACAAGUCCUUGAUAAAACAGAAAUACUAGAGAAUGUUUAUCAAUAAACAUUGCUCGCAUUACAAGUUGAAAGUAAGUAUAAGUAUGUAUAUACUUAUUUUUAAAUAUAUAACUGCAAACACACAUAUAUAUAUAUAUAUAUAUAUAUAUAUAUAUAUAUACAUACACACAUAUACACAUAUAGAUAUAAAAUAACAUUUCCUUCUAAGUGAAGGACAAAGGUAUUUAAAGUAUUUCUUAACACACCUUCGGCUUUAGUGCCAUUGGCGUAGCGUACCUUCAGGUUAGCAUGCAAGUGAAAGCCAGAACAGGCUUUUGUAGCGUGUCCCAUAGAAGUAAUUGGAUAAAGGGUGUUAGCGCUACUGCACUUUACGACUUUCAAUUGUUAGCGUGUCUUUCACUCGAGAGCAAACAUUUUACGUUCAACUUGUAAUAUGAGCAUGAGAAUAGGAUCACUAUUGACUUAACUUGCAAGGUGUUAACUCUCAGUAGCGCUAAUAUUUUGCGCUACACAUAAUUUAGGCCAUAGAUGGGUAUUAUUAGGUAGGAUAAAAUCAAUAUUCACUGGUAUGGUUUGCAUCAUGUGAGCCUGUUUGUAUCUGAUCUGUACAGUAUAAGCACAAGGUAUAACUGGUAUUUAGUGGUGGAUUUUGCAUAAAUUUACAAGGCAGUUCCAUUUUUACGUCUUUUUUUUUAUUUUUAUUCAGUCAUUCACCAGCAACAAAUUAAUAUAAUCAUAAUACGAUACUGAUAUAUGAAGUUUUUACACUGUUUAGGUUUCUUGAGUUAAAUAUUUGUAUUUGUGCAAAAUUGCUUGAUUGUUACUUAUUUUUACAUGUUAAAUUUCUUACAUUUUGUAAAGUUAUUUUGUAAAUAGAUGUUUACCAUGGUGCAAUUUUAAGUCAGUUCCCAAAAAGCAUUAUACUAUUAUUGUUUUAAUAUUGUGUAUUGUCAAUAAAAAUACAUUUUAAUACUAAA